AUGAUGCCGGGCAGCCCAAGCUUCCCGGAUCCCUUCGCCGUCAUCACUGUCAACGGAGACCAAACCAAAACCACGACGGCCCAGAAGCGGACACUGAACCCGUACUGGAAUGAAAGCUUUGACCUCAACGUAAAUGAGGACACCAUCCUAGCCGUCCAGGUAUUUGAUCAGAAGAAGUUCAAAAAGAAGGACCAAGGUUUCUUGGGCGUUAUCAACGUCCGAAUCGGCGAUGUCAUUGAGUUGGCACCAGACGCUGAUGACCAGAUGCUCACGCGAGACCUCAAGAAGUCGACCGACAACCUAGUAGUGCACGGAAAGCUGAUAAUCAACUUGUCGACGAACCUCACCACACCCGCUCGGGCCGGACAGGCCUCGUCUAGCCGACCCUCACUCGCUCCACCGGCGCAAGGUUCUAGCAUUUCGACAUUAUCGGCCCCGACGGCUGACGCUAGGCCGGGUUCUGCGAUGGGUGCUCCUAAUGGCGGCCCGACACCCGGGUCCCAGGUUAAUCUCCCGCACAGGCCGGCCAGCAUGACCUCAAAUGGGCCUCCUCCGUCUGCCAACGGCGCAGCAGCUCCUGCACGCCAGUCCAGCACCCUCAGUCCCUUUGAAGAUGCCCAAGGUCGAUUGCCAGCUGGCUGGGAACGCCGAGAGGAUAACCUGGGCCGUACAUACUAUGUCGAUCACAACACCAGAACUACCAGCUGGAACAGGCCAACCGUUGCCGGAGCUGUGGAACAGAGGAACGACCGCGAGGCAGCGACCCAAGUGGAGCGCCAGAGACACCAGAACCGAACCCUUCCCGAGGACCGAACCGGUGCAAACUCGCCGACUUUGCAAGCCCAGCAAGCGGCCGCUGCCCAGAAUGCUCAAAACUCCACCAUGAUGCAUACUGGAGCGACGAGUCCGGGCACUGGCGAGCUGCCGCCUGGGUGGGAACAGAGAUGGACCCCGGAGGGCCGCCCGUAUUUCGUGGACCACAACACUCGGACGACCACCUGGGUCGAUCCCCGUCGGCAACAAUACAUCCGUAUGUAUGGCGGGCAAAACAACCAGAACGGGACGAUCCAGCAGCAGCCCGUAUCGCAGCUGGGACCUUUGCCAAGCGGCUGGGAGAUGCGCCUGACAAACACCGCCAGAGUGUACUUCGUGGACCACAAUACGAAGACCACCACGUGGGACGACCCUCGCUUGCCCUCCUCCUUGGAUCAGAACGUGCCGCAGUACAAGCGAGACUUCAGGAGGAAGCUCAUCUACUUCCGCUCGCAACCCGCGAUGCGCAUUCUUUCUGGACAAUGCCACAUUAAAGUCCGGCGUUCCCACAUCUUCGAGGACUCGUUUGCAGAAAUUACUCGGCAAUCUGCCACUGAUUUGAAGAAGCGCCUCAUGAUCAAGUUUGACGGUGAGGAUGGUCUUGACUACGGCGGUCUUUCCAGAGAGUUCUUCUUUUUGCUCUCCCACGAAAUGUUUAACCCCUUCUACUGCCUAUUCGAAUACUCUGCCCACGACAACUACACCCUCCAGAUCAAUCCCCACUCCGGAAUCAACCCCGAGCAUUUGAACUACUUCAAGUUCAUCGGCCGCGUUGUGGGUCUGGCCAUUUUCCACCGUCGUUUCCUUGACGCCUUUUUCAUCGGUGCUUUGUACAAGAUGAUCCUUGGCAAGUCGGUCGUCCUGGCUGACAUGGAGGGUGUCGACGCCGACUUCCACCGAUCUCUGCAGUGGAUGUUGGACAACGACAUCUCUGGAGGAAUUCUCGAGCAGACCUUCUCUACGGAAGACGAGCGCUUCGGCGUCAUGACUGUCGAGGAUCUCAUCCCCGGUGGUCGUGAUAUUGAUGUGACAAACGAGAACAAGAAGGAGUACGUCGACCUUAUGGUCAAGUGGAGAAUCGAGAAGCGUAUUGCAGAGCAGUUCCAGGCCUUCAAGGACGGCUUCCACGAGCUUAUUCCUCAGGACCUGGUCAAUGUCUUCGACGAACGCGAGCUUGAGCUGCUCAUUGGUGGUAUUGCCGAGAUCGACGUUGACGACUGGAAGAAGCACACCGACUACCGUGGUUACACCGAGUCGGACGAGGUUAUUCAAUUCUUUUGGCAGACGAUUAGGUCAUGGGACGGAGAACAGAAGUCGCGUUUGCUCCAGUUCGCCACGGGCACUUCCCGUAUCCCCGUCAACGGUUUCAAGGAUCUUCAGGGCAGUGACGGACCGAGAAGGUUCACAAUUGAGAAGGCGGGCGAGAUCAACAACCUCCCCAAGGCUCACACAUGUUUCAACCGUUUGGACCUGCCGCCAUACAAGAGUCUCGAAAUGCUGCAGCAGAAGCUCACCAUUGCCGUUGAGGAGACCAUGGGCUUCGGUCAAGAAUAG